AUGACCUCUGUGUUUCUAUUACAGAAGAGCUUUCUGGCCUACCUUGUUGCAAUGGGCAUCAUAGUGACGCUGGGUGAUGCCUACUGCUGGAGGAAAAUGCACAAGCCAGGGGAGGCCAAAGAUGGCUGUAUAUUGAAUGGAAAACUGUAUCCCUUUGGACACAUUGAGAAGACAGAAGAUUGCCACAAAUGCGACUGUGACGAAGGUGGAAUGCGAUGCUGUUCCCUCUUUCAUGUUCCUGUUGCUUAUGACAAAAAGAAAUGUAAAGUUGUCUUCAACAAGAAGCGCUGUGACUAUGAUGUGGUGCAGAAGAACGACCCCUCAAAGAUGUGUCCUGUCUAUUCUCGUGUGGGCUAA